AGUAAAACACCGGCCAUUUUUCUCCAUGUUUAGCAGGACACUUCGUGCUUGGUUGGUGUAACCGAGAGUCUUGCGAUCACUUUGAUAAGCCUACAAGUUUGGGCAAGUUUAAUUUUGUUGUCCAAGCAUCCUAACUUACAACAGACAAACACAAACCAUGUUUGUGUUUACCGCUGCAAAGUUUUUUCGCUGACAUCCUUGUCCGGAUAGAUGCUUGUCUAAACUGUCGUACAAAUGGAAAUGGUGCCUAGCGAGGAGAACCAGUUCGUACCCAAAGAGGGUGUGUUUUGGAGUUGCAGACAGAGUAUGUUUGAUGAGAUAAAGAGGAUCUCUCAGAUCCAAAAUGCGGCUGAGGAGCCCAGAGUGCUGUGCAUCAUUCAGGACAUCACCAGCUCAAAGACGGUCAACGAGAGGCUGACCCUGAAUCUGCCGGCUUCCACCCCCCUCUCCAAACUCUAUGAAGAUGUUGCCCACAAAGCGGGAUAUGUGAAAGCCACUUUUGACCUUGCCUGGGGAAAUACACAGGACAUGGCACCACUGGAUCACAGCAGUGAGAUGUCCCUCUCAGAUUUUGGGUUUGAGCCUGGCAAUAAGAGGAAUUUCCUCCAGCUCACGGACAAAGAUGGAGAGCAGCCCCAGAUUGCAUCGGAAGAGUCAGGAACUGCAGAUAGCAGCGGGCUGGAUGACAGUUCCCAGGAUCGAUUCAUCGGGCCCUUACCGAGAGACAGCACGGCAGGCUGCAGCGGAGACUACAGCAGCCCCUCUUACUCCUACUCCUCCAUCCUCAACAAAUCAGACACAGGUUACGUGGGCCUGGUCAACCAAGCUAUGACCUGCUAUUUGAACAGUCUUCUACAAACCCUGUACAUGACCCCCGAGUUCAGAAAUGCUCUCUACAACUGGGAGUUUGAGGAGAGUGAGGAGGAUCCAGUCACCAGCAUACCCCACCAGCUGCAGAGGCUGUUUAUUCUGCUGCAGACGAGUAAGAAACGGGCGAUCGAGACCACCGAUGUGACGCGGAGCUUCGGCUGGGACAGCAGCGAGGCUUGGCAGCAGCAUGACGUCCAGGAGCUGUGCAGGGUCAUGUUCGAUGCCCUGGAGCAAAAGUGGAAGCAGACCGAGCAGGCGGACCUGAUCAACCAGCUGUACCAGGGGAAGCUGAAGGAUUACGUACGCUGUCUGGAGUGUGGCUAUGAGAGCUGGAGGAUUGACACUUACCUGGACAUCCCUCUAGUGAUCCGACCCUUCGGAGCCAGCCAGGCCUACAGCAGUGUGGAAGAAGCUUUGCAUGCGUUCAUGCAACCAGAAACUCUUGACGGGCCCAACCAGUACUUCUGUGAACGGUGCAAAAAGAAAUGUGACGCCCGGAAGGGUCUGAGAUUUCUGCACUUCCCCUACCUGCUGACGCUCCAGCUGAAGCGCUUUGACUUUGACUACACCACUAUGCACCGCAUUAAGCUGAAUGACCGCAUGGCUUUCCCCGAGGAGCUUGACAUGAGUCCAUUCAUGGAUGUGGAGGACGAGAAGUCGCCUCAGACCGAGAGCUGCACUGACAGCGGAGCAGAGAAUGAAGGCAGUUGCCACAGCGACCAGAUGAGCAACGAUUUUUCCACUGAAGAUUGUGUAGACGAGGGCAUCUGCCUGGACAGCACCGGCAGCACGGAGAGGGUGCUGAAGCCAAAGAACACGCUGACCUUUGAGCUGUUCUCCGUCAUGGUCCACUCUGGGAGCGCUGCGGGUGGCCACUACUACGCCUGCAUCAAAUCCUUCACUGAUGGCCAGUGGUACAGUUUCAAUGAUCAGCACGUUAGCAAGAUCACUCUAGAUGAUAUCAGGAAGACAUAUGGGGGCUCCUCAGGGAGCAGAGGCUAUUACUCCAGUGCCUUUGCCAGUUCUACAAAUGCAUAUAUGCUGAUUUAUAGAUUGAAAGAUGCCUCAAAGAAUGCAAAGUAUUUCGAUGCGGAGGACUUCCCAGAGCACGUCAAGAGUUUGGUUCAGAAGGAGAAAGAGUCUGAAGAGCAAGAAAAGCGACAGAGGGAGAUCGAGCGCAACACUUGCAAGAUAAAGCUUUUCUGCAUGCGUCCUGUGAAGACGAUGAUGGAGAGCAAGCUGGAAGUACACAAGGACAAAACUCUCAGAGAAGCAACAGAAAUGGCCUACAAGCUGAUGGAGCUGGAUGGAGCUGUGCCUCUGGACUGCUGCCGCCUGGUGAAGUACGACGAGUUCCACGAGUACCUGGAGCGCUCCUACGAAGGGGAGGACGACACACCCAUGGGCAUGCUGCUCGGAGGAGUCAAGUCCUCGUAUAUGUUCGACCUGCUGCUGGAGAUCCGCAAACCAGAGCAAGUGUUCCAGCCUUACAAACCUGGAGAGGUGAUGGUGAAGGUUCACGUUGUGGAUCUGAAGACUGAGAGCAUCGCCACUCCAAUCAGUGUCCGGGCCUAUUUGAACCAGUCGAUCACUGAAUUCAAACUGCUUAUUGCACAGGCUACCGGGCUAUCUGCAGAAGCCAUGCGUGUCGUCCUGGAGCGUUGCUAUAACGACCUUCGGCUCCUGUAUGUUCCAAACAAGACACUUAAAGCUGAAGGGUUCUUCAGAAGCAACAAGGUUUUUGUAGAGAGCUCCGAGUCGACGGAUCAUCAGGUUGCUUUCACUGACUCGCUCCUGUGGAAACUGUUGGAUCGUCACGGAAACACGAUCCGGCUCUUGGUCUCGCUGCCUGAGCAGUCUCCUGGUACCUUGGCCAACAGGACUCCUUGCCAAAAAGAAGGAGCUGACUCUGAUGUGCCCUUAGAGGGUUCAAAGGGUGACAGAAAAUCAGUAGAGGCGAUCCUGGAGGAGAACACAGAGAAGUUAAAGAGCCUGUCUCUGCUGCAGCAGCAGCAGCAGCAACAGCAGCAGCAACAGCAACAGCAGCAGCAGCAGCAGCAGCAGCAGCAGCAGCAGCAGCAGCAGCAGCAGGGCACCAGCGACAGCCAGAAAAGCUCUGACGCCAGCGACUUUGAACAUAUCGAGUCCCCGAGCCAGGAGGCAGACUCAAACUCUUCGCUCUGUGUGGCUGCAGACAACAGGGAGCUAGAGAACCGGAUCAGGGCCGGGGGCAGCAGCGGCGCCUCCUCGGACCCCGACAACCACUUUGCCUCCGAGGAGCGCUCGGACUCUGAGGUGAACAACGACCGCAGCACCAGCUCGGUGGACAGCGACAUCCUGAGCUCCAGCCACAGCAGUGACACUCUGUGCAAUGCGGACAGCGGGCCCAUACAGCUGGCCAACGGCUUGGACUCUCACAGCAUCACAAGCAGCCGCCGCUCCAAAGCCCACGAGGGCAAGAAGGAGACCUGGGACACGGCUGAAGAAGACUCAGGGACGGACAGCGAGUACGACGACAACGGGAAGAUCAAGGCAGAGGCUCAGUACCUCUUCUUCAGAGCAGAGCCGUGUUCUCCGGAGGACGCCACAUCGGAUGCACAAAAAUGUGUAGUUGUUCACGUGGACAAGAGAAUAACAUUAGCAGCAUUCAAACAGAACAUGGAGCCCUACGUGGGAGUCGCCUCCACCCAGUUCAAGGUGUUCCGGGUGUACGCCAACAACCAGGAGUUUGAGAGUGUACGGCUCAAUGAAACCCUCUCAUCGUUCUCUGACGAUAACAAGAUAACUAUUCGACUAGGGAGAGCACUGAAAAAGGGUGAAUACAGAGUGAAAGUGUAUCAGCUACUAGUGAAUGAAACGGAGCCGUGUAAGUUCCUGGUGGACACGGUGUUCGCCAAGGGCAUGACGGUCAGGCAGUCCAAAGAGGAGCUGCUCCCUCAGCUAAAAGAGCACUGCAAGCUCGACCUAAGCAUCGAGAGUGUCCGUCUCAGGAAAAAGACCUGGAAGAACCCAGGCACGGUGUUUCUGGACUACCACGUCUAUGAAGAGGACAUCAGCAUCUCCUCCAACUGGGAGGUCUUCCUGGAAGUUCUCAAUGAACCGGAGAAGAUGAAGUCCAUGUCGCAGCUGGCGGUCCUGAGCCGGAGGUGGAGCCCCUCUACUAUGAAGCUGGGGCCUUUCCAGGAAGUUAUCCUAGAGAGCAGCAAUGUGGAAGAACUCAAGGAGAAGCUAAGUGAAUUAGGUGAUAUUCCUCUGGAGAACCUGGAGUUUGCAAAGGGUAGAGGAACAUUUCCCUGUGAUAUUUCCGUGUUGGAGAUCCAUCAGGAUCUGGACUGGAACCCCAAGGUGUCGACUCUCAACGUGUGGCCUCUGUACAUCUGUGACGACGGAGCUGUGGUCUUCUUCAGGCACAGCUCAGAGGAGCCGAUGGAGCUGUCGGACGAGGAGCGCAGUGAGCUGAUGAAGAAGGAGAGCAGCCGUCUGCUAAAGACCGGACACCGUGUCAGCUACUCGCCGCGCAAGGAGAAGGCCCUCAAGAUCUACCUGGACGGGGGCCCACCCAAGGACCCGGGGCAGGACUGAGGAGUGAGCCGCGCUCCUCCCAUCAGGAUGUCCGGCUGCAGCAGCAGAGCUUCCAGGCUGCAGGACUGAGAGUCCGGCCUGACACUUACUUGAACAUCAAGCAGCUUUGUGAGGCUAAUGAGCUCACACCCUCCACUCUGAGCCCCAGGACUGGUUCAGAAACCCUAUUGUGCACUAUAGUGUAUUGUACUGUAAAGUUUAAAGGGAAGUACAAAAGCUAUUGAAUACAGAUAAAGAAUCAAAUACCAUAAAGACAAAUCAAUUGAACGUGAAAGCUCCAGAGAUGUUAGGAUUGUGAAACUGAGCUAGAAAGCAUCCAUCACAUCUAUUUCAGUCUCCUCUCACUUCUCCUCCUCGUCACUGUGUUUCUCUUCCUGUUUCAGGAAUAGAGUUGAUUCUGAUUCAUCAGUGGCCAUCUUGUAAGUCCAUAUGCUCACAUCCCCCGAGCUCUGCUCUAUUACAGAAAUUAUUCUUACAUGCAUCGCUCUCCUUCCUUCAAACAAUUAAAAACCAACAGCACACACAACCAAGAACUACUUAUCCAGCCUUCCUCCGUCUCACCUCUUCCGGUGAGGCAAACCUCACUCUCUCUCUCAGUGACUUUGACAACUUCUUUCACCAGAUUUGAAGAAUCAAAAAGCAACAAUUUAAGAAUUUGUAAUCCUGAGGUUGUUUCUGCUUCUAUAAAAGCCGGAGUAAUAUGUUGAUAUGGGUUUUCCUGACUGCUGCUCUUUGUGCUUUAUAGGACCUUUACCUCUCUUACACCACUUCCACUAGAUUGAAUGAUGCAUAGCGUAUCGGUACCUUUUAAUACAAAGUUCAGUGAGACAGAACCGAGACAACUAUGUUAACAAUUUCCUUGUCUAGUUUGUGUCUGUUGUAAAUUAUUAUUUUGCUCCAGGCGUUAUCAUUCAUUUAAGUGUCAUUAGGCACCGGGCACACAUCUGUUGUCUGUAUUAACCUUUAAUUAAGAAAGUGGAUUUCUGUUUUUGUUUUCAUCAUUUGAACUGGGUGUACAUCUCUACUGUGUGUGUGAGGGAGCUCUCUGUGGGGUUUGACAGUGUGAGGUUGUUCUUGGCGCUUCUACCUGCUGCUGCUCUAUAGACUGACACCAGAGGGUGCAGAAAGCCGGACUGAAGCUCGGCAUCGCGGCCCCUCUGGGCUCCUGAUGCUGCCACCAGCUAUUCACUGUAGAAAUGCCAAUAACUUUUUUUUUUGUGUUUAUUUCUUGAGAUUUAAAUCCUGUGUGAAAAUAGUUUAAGAUGAUUUUAGAAAUGAAUUGAAAAGAUUUUUUUUCCCAUAACUGCAGUUUUCUGUAACUGUAAAUAAAAAAUGUCUCAAUUUAA